AUGAGUGUAGUGUGGGGCUUUAGAUCGGGUCCAAAGAUCAGGUACGUUGCUCUGUUCGCUCUGGUUGCUGUGGCCAGCGCCCAGCAUUACCAGCAGUACCAGCCCCAGUACCAUCACCAGCCCCAGUACCACCAUCACCAGCCAGAGUACCAUCACUACCAGCCGCAGCAAGUGGUGUACAAGCAGCCCGCCCUGGUCAAAGCCGUCCAACCGGCUCUACUGAAGACCCUGCAGCCGACGCUGGUCAAGACGGUGAAGCACGUGGAACAGUACCCGGAUGCUCCGGCCGAGUACCAGUUUGCGUACGAUGUGCACGAUGACCACACCGGCGAUGUGAAGAGCCAACAGGAAGAGCGCCACGGAGAUGUGGUCAAGGGACAGUACACGUUGAUCGAUGCCGAUGGUUAUCGUCGCGUGGUCGACUAUACCGCCGACGAUCACAACGGAUUCAACGCCGUCGUUCGCCGGGAACCGCUCGAAGGACACAAGGUCGUGAAGGCCGUGGCUCCCGUGGCCAAGCUGGUCGCUCCGGUCCACACCAAACUGUUCGCCCCGCAGCCGCAGGUCCACUACCAGCCGGCACCGCAGACCGUUCACUACCAGCACCAGCCGGCUGCCCCGCAGUACUACCAUGCGGCGGCUCCCGUUGCCAAGGUUGCUCUGCCCACCGUGACCAAGGUGGCCCUUCCGGUGGCUAAGCUGGCCACUUACGCCCAGCACCAUGACGCCGUGAACCACGUGCAGUUCCACGGACCGUCGACCAACUACAACUACUGA